CUUGGCGCUGCUGAAUAUGACUGGAGUUAUUAAACGUCAGUGUGACACGUCACGCGUUAUCUAAAUCGUUACAAAACAGUCUACUACUUCAAAAAGUUAGCCGCACCCAUUCUUAUCUUCACCCGAAUAUUAUAUGACUUUGACGUCGCAUUGAUCGCAGACAAGGACACAUUCCAUAAGCUACCUGUUUUACUGAAUAUCCAAGGUCGGUUAAGGAUGUGGAUGCCAAUGUUGGGUCUCACAGCCCUGCCUCAUCUAGGGGGGCUGUAUGGCGGUUUUAUCACUCGUAAAGAAGUGAAGACGUGGUAUCCAACACUGAACAGACCUUCCUGGCGACCUCCUAAUGCAGCUUUCCCAAUAGCGUGGACAACACUUUACACGACCAUGGGGUAUGCCUCCUACCUUGUGUGGAAUGAACUGGGUGGUUUCACAGAAGAUGCUGUGGUACCUCUGGGACUCUAUGGUCUGCAGUUGGCUCUGAACUGGGCAUGGACACCCAUCUUCUUUGGAGCACAUAACAUUAAAGGGGCACUGAUUGAGAUUGUGAUGCUCACUGGGACUGUGGGUGCCACCAUGGUGUCCUGGUACUCCAUCAACCGCACUGCCACCCUCCUCAUGACCCCAUACCUGGCCUGGCUCUGUCUAGCCACCACCCUGAACUACUGCAUCUGGAGAGACAAUCCUAAGAAAAAGGAAUAGCUGUGUAAAGCAAUAUUUAAUAUAUAUAUAUAUAUAUAUAUAUAUAUAUAUAUAUAGGGAAUGCAAGGUAGCUAUUAGUAUUGUUUCUGGCCUUCUAUCUAUGUUUCCAUUCAAGGCAACACUACUGGUUACCAAUCUUGUAGUUGGUGUGAAAAAAUCCAAAGCUUUCAGUAAUUACUCAAAUAUAUUUUAAAUAUAAUACCAACUACACUGAAAUUGUUAUGGAAUCACAUCUAAUUUAUAUUGAAUUGUUGUCUGCUUUUCUUUGUAGAGGUCUUGGCUCUUUUUUGUGUUAAAUGUAAUAUUUAAUAUUAAACUAGUAGGGCUUAAAUAAUAACUCUUUGAUACAAUCACCCAUCUGUGUUUUUUUACUCAAAUUACGUAAAAAUGUCAGAGUCUACAGUUUUUCUUGCCCAACUUGCCAUAUUUUUGCUAUUAAAAAAUUAUAUUGAUCAUA